UGCGCAUGCGCGUAGUGUCCCACCCCGCUGAGGUGGCGGUGGCGGGAAGAUGGAGGCGGUGGCUGGGGGUGUGUUGGGGCUGCCCGGUGCUCUCGCUCUGCUCCUCAUCCUCAUCCCGCUCGCGGCCGUGCUGCGCCGCGCCGGCCCGCGGGGGCUGCCCGCCGCGUCCCCCCUCGAUUCCAAAGCGAACGGCGCGGCCGCCGCCCGGGCUGGGGAGCACCGGAAGGCGAAGCCGGCGGCGCGGGCCCGGCGGGACAAAGCACAGCAGCACAGUUUCACCCACCGGCUGCUGGUCGCCGCCCUCAAGGGCCACAGUGGCAAUGUUUCCUGCCUGGACUUCAGCAGCAACGGGAAGUACCUGGCGUCGUGCGCCGAUGACCGCACGGUCCGGCUGUGGAGCACCCGCGACUUUGCGGCGCGUGAGCACCACUGCCUGCGUGCCAACAUGGGGCUGGACCACGCCGAGCUCGUCCGCUUCAGCCCCGACUCACGGGCAUUUGUCGUCUGGCUGGCGAGCAACGAGACAAUUCGUGUCUAUAAAAUGACCAAGAAGGAUGACGGCAACUUCACCUUCACUGCAGCUGCUGGGGACUUCCCAAAGAAGCACAAAGCUCCCAUCAUCAACAUAGGAGUUGCAGAGACAGGAAAGUUCAUCAUGACAGCUUCCAAUGACACUACCAUCAUGAUCUGGAGCCCAAAGGGUGAAGUCCUGGCCAGCAUUAACACUAACCAGAUGAGCAAUGCUUACGCUGCAGUGUCACCCUGUGGGAGGUUUGUGGCCUCCUGCGGCUUUACCCCUGACGUGAAGGUGUGGGAGGUGUGUUUUAGUAAGAACGGAGACUUCCGGGAGGUUGCCAGGGCUUUUGAGCUCAAAGGCCAUGCUGCUGGCAUACAUUCCUUCUCCUUCUCCAAUGACUCAAGGAGGAUGGCAACUCUUUCCAAGGAUGGGACGUGGAAGUUCUGGGACACAGAUGUGGAAUAUAAGAAGCAACAGGAUCCCUACCUGCUGCUGACAGGGAAGUGUGAAGUGGCAGAGCCCUGCCGCAUUGCCCUGUCCCCCAAUGCUCAUGUUGUCGCCAUCUCCAGUGGCGCAGACAUCGUGGUGUAUAACACACGGAGAGGUGAGGAGGAGGAGCGCUUCACCGGUGUGCACGGGCAGUGCAUCACAGACUUGGCUUUUGACACCAGCAGCCGCUACCUGGUGUCGUGCGGGGACCGGGCCAUCCGUGUCUUCCACAACACAGCUGGGCACAGAGCAGUGGUGGAAGAGAUGGAGGCAAUCCUGAAAAAAACUGGGAACAAAGCCACGCGGGAGCGCCUGGAGCAGCAGAUCUCCAGUGCCCGACAGGCCCUGGCUGCCAUCUAUGGCAGGAAGCACUGAAAGCGUGCCCAUGGGCAUCUGGCACUGCGUGCUGCCUGCGGGGACUGGGGUUUUUGAUAACGCUGAACAGGCUGUAAUAAAGGAGUUUGGUCAGA